UGGUGAUCACCUGAGUAUGGGAUGCCUAACGAGGGUGCCCGGCACUGCGGAGGUUAAACUCUUCUAGGCUUGGCUUCCGCAGCACAGUUGAUUAUGGGGUCGUUGAGACGGUGCUUAUGUCUUGUCGUUCCGUACGAACAUCAAGGUGGUCGAAAGCAGACGAUGUGGUGUAGUCUGUCCGGGAGUGGUAGCCGCUCAUUGGUCUUGAUGAUGACUCUGUUGCACCCAUCACGCAUGGGUCUAUCAUGAAGCGUCGGCUCCUGGGUGCCACACUGCCACACUUCUCCUCUUCAACCUUCCUGCAUUGAUACCCACUACUGUCAGUAUGGGUGGCCGACACUACAAGAACGACAACGCUCCAUCCCGCCAGGCUAACGCUCGGGAAGAGCUCAUCGCCUCUCUCACACGUAUCAACACUUACAACCCUCCAGUCCAGACGUGUUCGACAGGAUGGACAUUUCAUGGCUUGUAUUAUGGCCCAACCUCAGUCGCAUAUCUCUUCUUCCGAUUAUCUCAGUAUUAUCCUGAUUUGAUUUUCAAGGGUCAAUCACUCUUGGACUGGGCACAAGCUUACCUCGAUCUCGGCUCAUCCCAGCUUCGAAAAGGUGUCGACUCAGGUCAUUGUGGUAUCGCCAAUGAUGUGCUGGCACAACUGGCCAUCCGUGCUGUAAUGGACAAGGAUCCGAGCCUUGUUCAACAGCUCUGUUCAUAUGAAAGCACAAUUAACGACGAAGCCGGCUCUGACGAAUGGUUAUACGGUCGAUCAGGCUACUUGUAUCUUCUACGACUGGCCCGCUCUGGUUUCGAGGAAGACUCCAAUUCCAACAGAAUGAUCACCUCUACCAUUCAGAAAACAGUGCAGCGGAUCCUUGCGAGCAAACAGCCGUGGACAUGGCACGGGAAAGCAUAUCUCGGCGCAGCACAUGGCAGCUUUGGCAUCAUUUGCCAGAUUGUGUUGUCUCUGCCUUCAGUUUCGAAGUCCGUGGAGCACAUCCUUUCUGAUAUCCUCGAUACGCAGUUCCCCAGCGGAAACUUCCCUUCUUCGUUACCUCCCGGCUCCGAUCGACUGGUGCAAUUUUGCCAUGGAGGCCCUGGGGCUGUGCUUACCUUACGAGUUAUACGCCCACAUUUUCCCAAUUUACAACAGAGAGUCGACAUGGCCAUCAAAGCGGCUAAUAAAGACACAUGGGACCGUGGUGUGCUUACCAAAGAACCUUGCUUGUGUCACGGCAUCGCAGGAAACGCACUGGCACUUGAUGACUUGGCAAAAUUUCUGCAUUUCAUUUCAUACAUGUCAAGCGACCACCUCGAAGCUCAAGGAUGGAUGCACGAGGCGGGCAGAAGCAACGAGUUUGUAGGUCUUUACACAGGAGAGGCCGGCAGAGCUUGGGCGUGGGCUGUAGCGGAUAAGCCUGAGGAGCUGGGUAGAUCGUGCAUCGGGUUCAAUGAUUUAUGAGCUAGUAUGAGAGGGUGAGCAACCUCCUUUGCGGAAGAGCACUGGAAGCACUUCAUGAUGUACGACUAAAAGUAGACUUCGAACAGUAAUGCUGAA